AAAAAAAAUUCUCCUUGAGAGAAGACAACAGACAACAACUAGGAGAAACAGAGAAAUUUUUAAACCAUGGCUUAUCGUCCUCGCCCAAGAGUUAACAAUGAAAUCCCAUCAAUGAGCGACUGGGACAAGGACAAGAUGUUUACCUGCCCGUAUAAUCAAUAUCAUCGCAUCACGGCGUUAGUAUACCCUGGACAUGUCGCGAAAUGCAGAAAGGUAUAAUGGUAUAUAUAUUCAUGUAUGAACAAUUUGCAUAUUUACAUUUAUAAACUGCCUCCUCCUUCAAAUAGACGCGUCAAAUUUGAUAGCAAAUGACAUAGUCUUGCAAUUUAAUCAUUAAACUUUACGAUCGAAGUAUUUUCAAAUGAUUUCUACGUUUCGUAGCCGUAUAACCCCCCAAGGAAAACUCUGGGUGAGUAUUUUAUAAUCGUCCCAAAAAUAUUUUGAUCGACACUUUAUAAAAAUCAAGGCUUGCAAUGUGUAAAACGCAAAUUUAAUGAUUUAAAAUGUGUUUUGUUGAUAGAGCAUUCGAUAGCGAUGCAUGCAUAAUGCGAAUACCAGAAAUAUCUUGGAUUUUAUCAAACGUUCAGUAUGGCCAUCGCUUGUUUACAGACUGCAACACGUGGUCGGUAAAAUAGCGGACAUAAAGAUGUCGAGAAUUUUUAAACCUUGUAUAGAUCCCGACUUUUCUCACAAUGAUAGCAAAGAGUCGAUGUGUUGUUAAUUUUAAUGCCAAGAUUUAUAAUACAGAAUUGAGAUUUAAUCUCUAUUCUCGGCUCAUAUGUAGUCAAUUUUGCUGAUCUGGGCAAAAAAUAGCAACGUUGCCAAAAUGAAGUUUUUAUGAGUGGGACUGUCAGUUUUUAAGGGUCAUCAAGUGUAUUGGUUUUCUGGUAAUGCUCUGGCUCGCGCCUGGUUUCUGCCAAAUAGACGUCAAUAUGAUGUCUGGGAGGGAUAGGGUGAGGUGGUUCGAAAACCCCCGAAAUAUUCAAUGUUACUUUUGGGGAAAAACUGAAGAAAAAUCAGUAUUUUACUAAAAUCGAACCAUACUUAUACGAAUCGAUUUGGCAUUCACACAUGAAAAACUAAAGAGAUUUUGUUUGAAAUUUGAUAACGUCCUCAAAAGCCUUACGUUAAAUAUCUUGUGUGAGUACUGAGUAGCGUGUUGUGUCUUUUUUACUGUAGUUUUGAUUUUCGAAUGUAUUUUUUUUUUAAUUUUUUUUCAGUCGGUUUUAGGUUGGUUUUUUGUAAAAACCGCCUCACGCUAGGGAGGGAGGGGAGUUGUGGGAGACUGUCACAGGUGCUUAACAUUUUCCUAAUGCCCUAGGAUGUUAGCCAGAAGUAAAAAAAAAUCCGCGUUUACCUGAAAUUGGGAAAUUUAUUUUAGCCUGAAGCCGGGCAUUUUUUUGUGGGUCUGGGGGCAUGCGGUUGCCCCAUCUCGAUUUUUAAAAUUUUUGUGUCUUUGAAAUGGCAUUUCCUGCAUUUUGGGAGUAAUUUUGAGCAAAUGUAGUUAUAAACAUGUUUUUAACUAUUUUUUGGCUGACCCAAAUUGGGAAAUUGCGACCUCAAGGUAAUUGGGAAAACCGCGUUUAACGCGGAAUUUGUGACUGCAGCGAACACCCUGUAAUGUUUGAAAUUUUCUUGGUAUCCAGUUAGGAUACACAGGGCUCGAAAUAACGGCCGAUCAACGAUCAAUGAUCGGCAGGAAAUUAAUUUUGAUCGGCGAAGAAGCAAUGUUGCCGUUCAUCUUGAUCGGCAAGAAAUAUAGUUGAGCAUUGACAUUGUCUGAAAGACAUGCUUACCUGUACGCGGUAAAGACAAAUAAAAGUAACAUAAAACACAUUCAAAAACACGCGAAAAGCUCUUGUUUAGCUGAUGCGCGAGUCUUACGACAGGAAAGACCGCAACUAUUCUCGCUCUAAAGUAAUUUAUUAAAUUUGCAUGAAGUAUUGUCGUCUCUUCAACAGUCUGCAAGUCAACAAAUGUCGUAGAUUUAAACUUGAAUUUGAAAUAAAGUAAUGUUAAACUUCCUGUUCAGAUGUGUAUUCACUGGCAUAUUUAGAAUUUUUCUUUUCAAGGAAACUUAGGCAAAUAUGCUCCUGAUCGGCCAGAUUUUUAAUUGAUCGGCAAAAAGUCGUGAUUGCCGAUCACCAUGAUCGGGAACAUUGGGAACGUUAUUUCGAGCCCUGGAUACAAAUCAUUCACAGUUUGGUAACCAAAACCAAAUUUUAGUAUCCUGUGGAUAUUGGGAUACUGCAAAGUUCAGACCCUGAAGUCUGUCCACAUCUCUAAUGUAUGAAUUUCUUAAUAUUUCAGCAAUACACUGGGACCGCAUUUGCACGUUGCCCGUUUAACGCCAGACACGAGUUCCCCCAGGUGGAAUACGACUACCACGUGUCUUCUUGCCCUGACAAAGUAAGUUUUCAUUUACUUCGUAUUUAAGCUACGGAUUCACAAGCAACGUUUUUCUGGCGACGGCAAUGCAAUAGUGAGAGAGAUAGCUUGUGUAUCAAAGUGUCCUGUGACAAUUAUGCAAAGCUAAUCCAACAAUCCUUGCUGAUCUUUCAAACCAUUUAAUUUUGGGCAAAGUUUAUUGCUUGUAGAAAAGCCUGCCAUGAGAUUUGUCUUGACCAAACUGAAAACCUCAUCUUGACAGCAGGGUCGGCACUAGCCCUAUUUUAAUUGGGGUGUAAAUAAUUUUGCCAAGCAGAGUAUAAGCGACUAAAGGUAAAAAAAAUUUCUGAACUUUAUAUUUUUCAAUUUCUCCAACUGAUUAAUUUUUAAUCAGUGUGUCACUCAUAUAUUUUAGUUUUUUCCCUUCUUAUCCAACCCCUUUUUUUGUUGACUACGAAAACAAUUUGCGACUGGGAUUCAAUAAUUUGCUGACUGCAUGAUGACUGGGGGGGGGGGCUGUUUCCCUCCCCUCACCCCCUCUAGUGCCACCCCUGCUUGACAGUUUUAAAUCAAAGCAUUUUGAAUAAGAAUAAUUUGAAUUUGAAACGAAAAAAGUCGAGAUGAAACUUUUCUCAUUUUUAAAAAGUUAGACUAAAAUUUUCACAGAUGUCCUGACAUCACCAAACAUAAUGUAGGUAAAAAUUGAUAUAACCACUAUGUGAAUUGAUGAAAAUCUAUUUUUAUUUCCCUAGAAUUAUAUUGAGAGAGAACUCACAGCUGGUACGUAAGAUAUGAUAAAUACUACCGAGAAUUUCAAAGUUUUGUGAAUUUUUUAACAUUAAUUGCUUACCAUAUUAUUGUUUAUUUAUUAUCAUUAUAAUUUUCAGUGUCGGCUCCCAACGUGCAUCCAUUGAACAAUGAUUUGAACGGCGUAUUCAACUCCGAAGAGGACUGGGAGUCAGAAGCGAACCACGUGGGAUUUUCCAUUAGCGGAGACGCCUAUAUGGAACCAGCAAGAACGGCAUACGAUGAAAUAGAAAUAUACCACGAUCAACUAGAAGAGCAAAACGUGGAAGAGCAAAGACUGCAACCAACCGAUGUAUCUGGGUAAUGAAAUCAUCAUUGCUCAUGCCAGCAAAUAAUCAUUUCACUUUGAAUGACAAAUGCCCAACCAAGACAAAAAUUGGGCCGACAUUUAUCACCUUUUCUCGGACAAUGGACAAAGUUAAAAUUUUCAUAGCCCACCCCCCUGGCAAAAUUAAUAUUACGGGCCCCUUGGAAAAAUUCUUGUAAUGGAAAUUUUAUAUCUUCGUAUGUUUUAAAUGUUCUGGAUUCGUUUGUGAUAAUUAAGUAGAGUUGUUAUGUGUUAAAUGGUUAUAUAAAAUCACUAAAACACAUUAAAAAUAAAAUGUGUAUUUCAUAAUUUCCAUACCCAGCGUAAACAGAAAGAUUAAGUCUGCCGCGGCUGGAUUAGGCAUUUCCGCGUAAACAACGCAAACAAUAGAUGAAUGCAUGCUUUGUUUUACCCACACCCCCCCACAUUCCGGCCAAAACUCAUAUAAGCAGUCCUAUUUUCGAAACUUGUCAUACCGCCUGAUGAUUCUUUACUGAUGAAACAGACUGUUGCGGAAUUUUGAGGUAAGCGAAAUUAUAUAUAUAUAUAUAUAUAUAUAUAUAUAUAUGUAUAUAUAUAUAUAUAUGUAUGUAUAUAUGUAUAUAUAUAUGUAUAUAUAUAUAUAUAUAUGUAUGUAUAUAUGUAUAUAUAUAUAUGUAUAUAUGUAUAUAUGUAUAUAUAUACAUAUAUACAUAUAUACAUAUAUACAGGGCCUUAGCUAGGAUUUUAGAUCUUGGGCGUGUUUCUAAAUGAUCAGGGUGUGCACAUGUCAAUUACCUUGAAUAGCCAAAUUCACGGUUCUACAACAACGGACAAUGCCUGUGGUUGUUCUAUGCUUUGCAACCAAAUACAAGGCGAGUAUAUAUACUCAUAUUGCGCACUGACAUUAAGUUAUUUCAGCAACUCUUGGGGGUACUUUAACACCUUUCGGUUCCCAUUAUCCAUCAAAACAUUAAAACAUCACGGAUCACUUUUGCCAAUUUUUUCAACAACAAUAGAUUUUACAAACUUUCUUAUGACGUAAAUAGAAAGAAAUUCUGUCUGUUGUAAUGAACCUACUGUACACGGCCUUAUAUAAAUAAUGAAGCCGCGUUCAUUUUAUCUAGCCGUGUUUUUCCAUUUUUGGCCGCGAUAACACGGCCAACACGGCCCUCUAGCUAAGACCCUGCAUAUAUACAAGUCCUAAUGCCCAAACCACAAGAGCUCUGCAACUGGCCUCUAUAGCUCAGUUGGUUAGAGUGCUGCACCAAAAUCACAGGGCCAAAAGUUUGAUUCCUGCCAAAGGGGCUACAGUAUACAGUAUACUUGCAUUUUUCAGUUCAGGUCUAAAGAAAUUUCUAAAAUUUACUCUCGAGAUUUGCGUCUACAAAACCCUCUAAUAUUUUCACUUUGUUUCUCUGUGUUGUAGACUGUCGAAAGCCCAGAAAAAGAACUUGAAACGUGCGCAGAAGCGGCGGGAGAAGCACAUGGCAAAUGGUGAUACGAAUGGUGAUGAUGACGAUGGCAGUGAGGAAAGUGAAGAAUUAACAGAAGCUCAAAAGGAUGAAAAGUUGAAACAAAUAGCAAAAGAGUAUGCAAUCCCAGGUCGACCUUAUAAUUCAGGUGAAGAAUUGAUAAUUUCACCCCCACACAGGGUCUUAGCUAGAGGGCCGUGUUGGCCGUGUUAUCGCGGCCAAAAGCGGAAAAACACGGCUUGAUAAAAUUAACGCGGCUUUACUAUUUUUAUAUAAGGCCGUGUAGGUUCAUAAAAUAAGGUGGUGCUACUUACAACAGACAGAAUUUCUUCCUAUUUCGUCAUAAGAAAGUUUGUAAAAUCUACUGUUGUUGUUGAAUUGGCAAAAAUGAUCCGUGAUAUUUUAAUAUUUUGAUGGAUAAUGGGAACUGUAUGGUGUUAAAAUGGUUUUAAAUACCCCCAAGAGUUGCUGAAAUAACUUAAUAUUUUAAUCUCAGUGCGCAAUAUGAGCGUAUGCUCGUCUUGUAAUUGGUUGCAAAGCAUAGAACAACCAGAACAGUCCACAAGCAUAGUUGUUGUUGGCGAGCAUAACGAGAACCGUGAUUUUGCUAUUCAAGGUAAUUGACAUGUGCACGCCCUGGUCAUUAGAAACACGCCCAAGAUCUAAAAUCCUAGCUAAGACCCUGCCCCCACAGCAUCAAUCACUGUGGCAUAACUCCUCCUUAAAGUGUCCACCGGCAAGGGCAGACUGUGGGGGUGUGAGGAGGGGGGGGGAUGCAUCCCACCUAGUGGUGUCUAGCGAUUCCCUAGAGAAGUUCAGCACCGCCCUUAAAAAAUCUGGUUGGCGGAACUUCUACUGUUAGCGCAUGUCCAUUUCUUGAAACGAUUUCAUUGAUUCGUGAGAUCACGAGAAAAUAGUCAGAAUGCUUUAGUUAAAUAUCCUGGUUAAAUAUGUAAACAUGUUGAGGUUGUUAUACAGCCAUAUUUUCAAAUAUACUGUACUUUAACAAGCAAAUUUACUGUACUGUGCUGUGCUACAGCAACUGUCCAGUCACGCAUACGUGAUAAAAACCGAUAUAAACUUUAUGAACAAAAGAUUUAUAAUAUAGCAUUUGUAAAUUCUGAACGCUGAUUGGCUAAGAGCCGUGUUGAUAUAACUCAAUGUCAACACGGGAAAUUUUCUGCCAUGCACUUGUAAACACGGAAAUUUUUCUUAUCCUUCGGGCUUUUGACAUUGCUAUAUUAUAAAAAAAAUAUAAAACAUUUUUUCCGUGUUGAUAUAUAGUUAUAUCAACACUCGUGGAAGUCGGGAAAACUCGAAAUUGUAUGAAAACACGCCGCCCUUCGGGCGUCGUGUUUCCAUACAAUUUCUCGUUUUCCCAAUUCUACCCGUGUUGAUAUAACUAUAUCAACACGGAAAAUGUUUUAUAUUUGUUAAAUGUAAAACGUAACAAAACGGCGAACAUGCAGAUUCGGCCAUCUCAAAUAAUGAUAAUGUUGGGAUAGUUGCGUUGCAGACUGCAGAGGAGAGUUGGCAGUAAGGCUCCCUCAUGCACCACCCCAUGGAAAACCUGCACCCCUCCUUGCAGAUGAGGCUAGAUCCGCCCCUGAUUCCACAAAUGAUCAGGCAAUCAUUGAUUGCAUUUCCAUGUUAUUUUUCAUUCACAGGUGCUUUUGUCGACUGGGUGAGCAUUUUAAAUAUAUAUUGUCAAAAACAUCGCAUCAAUCAGCCGAAAUAUUCCGAAGCAUCGAACCCCCACGGCGGAUUUGGUUCGGCUGUGGUGGUAACAACGGAGCGGUUUUUCAGCGAUGCCUACUGCAAUACGAAAAAGGAUGCGAAGCACAGUGCUGCCAGAGCCGCGUUGCUCGGACUGAAUAUCGCCGUCUGUAAGUACACUAAAAAUUUGUGCUGGUAAUAAGUAUGGCUUUUGUAUGGUUUCGAGUGCAAUUUGGAACUAAAAAUGACGUUGAGAAGUCAUUAACAAGGAGUUUACGCAUGUAAGACGGCAACGUCAGGACGACGGCUAUCGACACAAUGUCAUUAAUUCUGUAGGACAAAUGAAAUGAAUAAUUUGAAAGUAUAUCUGGCGUUUCAGACGUCGUCCAAGCUCUAUUGACGACGACAAAAUGCAUAUUUUUACGUCUCGUAGAGUACGCCAGCAUUUCAAGCCAUGACAGGCAAUUUUUUAGCAGAGUUGAUCAAAAUUGCUCUGAAGGUUAAAGCUCUGUUUUACUCGUUCGAAACAGUAUUAAAUUCAUACGAAAGUAAAUACAUGACAAUAUUUCCAUACAGUGGAUAUACACUCAGAGUAACAUCACACAAACAUCUUAUUCACCUGAGUACAUUACACCAACACAGCAGAUUCCAUACAAUCAUUUAUUUCAAACAGUUUGUUUAGCCGUCGUCCUGACGCCGCCGUCUUACAUGCGUAAACUCCCUAGUCCCUAACUUUGUGGUGUGUGUCCUUAUAUUUUCACCAAUUUUUGGCGAACAUUAAACUACUGGUUAAACUACUGUAUGUACUUAUUUAUUUCUUCCUAGCGUUACCUGACCCAUCCAGAGCACCCCACGUUGGCGCGCGAAACGUAGUAAGGGCCCGGGAAGUGGAACAGAGAGCUGCGUAUAUUGAGAGUCAGAUGACGCAUCAGCCGCGAGUUAUUCCUGGAUUCAACCCGGCAGCGUCAUCUUCACAAUCAUCAACGCAACACUCUGCGGCAUCGGCACAAGCACAGAGUGUUACAACACAAAUGGCCGGCAUUACAAUCCAGGUACUAUAACCCUAGCCAAGUUAAGGUUAAUUUGUUACACUCGAGGACAGGGCCGCCGAGAGGGGGGAGGGGCAAAUUGCCCCGAGGUGCUGGGGUCCCCUGAAAAUGUUUUGUUGGGCCCCAGUCUUUUUGUGUGUUAAACAUUUCCGCGCAAACGAUAAGAUAUCUGUUUUUUUGGGCUAAGUACCGAAAUUUGGCAUGAAAAAUUGAGAUAAAGUCCCUGGAAAGCAAUUGCAACAUGCUCGUCCGGAGUACGGGACGUUUAAAUAGGGGCGCCUAAAAAAAUUUUGUCCCGGGCCCCCGCCAACCUCUCGGCGGCCCUGCUCAAGGAAAUAUUCCAGACAGACUAUUGCCCAAUCGACAGGGGUUCUGAGGUACCUACGAUUUUAACGUCCUUAUCCGAGAAGACGCGAAAGUCUAACCAUUUAGUCAUUUACUGCAUGAGGUCAAUAUAAAGAUAGCUCCUCGAUUAUUGUAAGACCUUGAGUAGAGGCAUGACCAAGGAUUAGGGAUGAGCCGAUAAGGAAAAUUGCCGAUUACUGAGGCCGAUUAUUUAUAAGCCGAUUAUCGUAACUAAUCGGCCGAUUAAUCGGUACAUGCCGAUUAUUUUGAAAAGCAAGAGAAAAGAUGACCAACAAUAUGAAGUUGUAAAUGCGUUUUUUUUUUACAAUACACACUACAGUGUAUACAAUUAAAAUCAGCUUCAAUCUUGCAUGUCAAUAGUCAAAGUUUAGCUUCGGCAGAUUAUGGUGUAAAAACAGGAUAUUGUCAGCUUUAUGUGGAGCUAGUCUGCUGCAUUUGUCAAGGUGAACUGUUUGCAUGUUUUUCCUCCUCUGAUGAUUACGAUUGGAGCGCCUUUUUCCUGGUAAACUUUACACAUUGCUUUCGUGUUGUCAUCUUCCAAAAUAUCAAAAUAUGUCUAAACUGCGCUUUUUACAGCGUGCGCCAUUCGGUUCUGGGCAAAAUAAUUCCGAGCAAUUUCCCCCAACGCAUUUUGUUACAAAUAUCAGGACUUGUUUAAGCCAAUCAGAAAACAGAAUAUGGUAUGACUCAACGCAUAGGUGUUUUAACUGUUUUUAAUGACUUCCUCAAAGCCACUCGCGUGAGUCAAAGACGCGGGUUUUGAGACAAAAGACGCAGGUUUUGCAACAAAAUGUGAAAAUAUAUUCGCUUGUAUUCAGUAUUUUAGGCAUGCGCUUGGCAGCGGCAGAAAAAGUCUUACGGCCGACUAUUUGCCGAUUAUCAGGCAAUAAUCGGCCGAUUACCGAUCAUUUAAAAAAUGGCCGAUUAAUCAGCUUUGCCGAUUAUUUUCCGAUUAAUCGGCUCAUCCCUACCAAAGAUUGAACCCAGCUCUCCCAGCUUGACAAGCAAGCGUGAUGACGGCAUCGUUUUAAUUUCAGGGUUUUUCAGGGCUCGAAAUAACGAUUCCAACGUUCUCGCAACCUCGUUCCCAGGGUCUCUUCUUCUGGCCUUCUCGAUCAUGGUGAUCAGCAGUUAUGAUUUUCUGCUGAAUAAUGAAAAUCUGGCCGAUCAGUAUAGGAUACGUUCUAUUUAUAUUGAGAGUCAGUCCUGUUUAUAUGUUCUGUGAUAAUGCCGUGGUGUUGCACGGUGUUCGUUAACGACAUUAACCAUGUUUUUGAGACAAUGGUCCUUGCCGAUCAAGAUGAUCGGCAACCUUGCUUCUCUGCCGAUCAAAAGCAAUUUCCUGCCGAUCAUUGAUCGGCCGUUAUUUCGUGCCCUGUUUAAUUUUGUUUUUGUUUUAGAAUGAAGAUGACGAAUGGCAAGUUGCAGGAGGGAGACGAAGAGGUAGAGUUCUAUAAACUAUUUUCAUAUACGCGGAGGAGUUUUUUAAGUAUAAACGUCUGUUUUGAAUUGUUGGCAAAUACGCAUGCGUGUUGACGCAUAUUUUCAAAUCAAAAUGGCGACUAGUAGUGUUGUUGUUGAUGCUACGUUUGACGACAAAAUCACUCAUUUGUGGCGUGAGUAUCCAUGUCUUUAUGAUGUCCACCGUUUCGUCCAUACUUUUCGGCGCGAAGCUCUUAAACGUCUUCGUCUGCGUCACAUUAAGAAAAGAAGAAGCAAUAUUUCUUCUUCGUCUGAUGAAGAUGAGUCAAACUCUUUUUCGCAAACAACAUCGGCCAUGUUUCACGAAUUGUUUGAAAAUACGAGUCAACACGCAUGCGUAUUUGCCUCCUAUGGUCAGCUUUGCACGCGCGCACACUUGGAGGAAAUGUUCACUCGUGCACGAAAUUAUUCAACAUGUUGAAUAUACGGCGCCGAUGGCACGCGUGAAGAAUAGCGUUCAAAACGCCACCGCACACUGGGGGAACUUGCUUACGCCAAGAGUCACGAGUGAAACUUUGCUAACCUGAUAGCUCCAGUGUGCGGCGGACUUUACAAAGAUCAACUGCUCGUAUUUUAACUAGUACUUAUUAAUGAGGUUUUAAAGAUGAUUUAAAGUCCGUUCUGCGCAUACGUUCUGCGCAGCCUACAUUCCAAUGGUCGGGCCCCGACCUUCGCACCUUCCGAACUUUCUUGAAUUGAAUCUCUAGUCUGUAUUCAUUUUCAAGCAUAGCGAACCAGAAGAGUGUUAAAAAUUCAGUAUAAUAUAUAUCUAAUCAUAUUUUACAACUGUUGCACUGAGUUCAAAAUGUAAACAAAGCGUUUGUUUACAUUACGGACUUUACAGCAUCUUUAAAUGUGAUUUAUUAAUUUCAUAUCUUUUUUAGAACAAAGCCGACCAACUGGGAAUAAUGCACUGCGGUUAGCAGGCAUAGGGCGAGGCCGUGCCAGGAGAUAGAUUACAACGCCAAACAACCCAUGUAUGUACAUUAUGUAUGCAAAGAAAUUUUAAUUAUUUUGUACAGUUUUAAGAAUCAUGGACAUGGUGAUGUACUUUAAAUAUCGGCUACAUAUAUAUAUAUAACACCGUGUAUAAUGACGAUGACUGAAAAGUACGUGGUUUGAUCAAUUCGAGUUCAGCGCCGUCUUGAUAAACGAACGACUAACGAGCGCAAUGUACGGCUUGCCUCUGCUUUGGCAGAUAUUAAAUGUAAUGAGAAUUGUCUAACCCUUCAAGUUUUAAAAAUAAGGCAUUGUUGCACGUAAAAUUGCAAAGUUUAAAGGUUUCAAAGUUUCCCGUGAGCACAGUAGGAAUUUUGCAUAGGUAAGGCCUUGUUUUAGUAUACGUCGAAUAUUGGUUGCGUCGAAUGCAAUUAAGACCAUAGAUAAUGAGAUGAUAAACCUUUAAGCUUCAUUAUCUAUUCUUUAAAUGGCAUUCGCCGCGACCAAAAUUCGACGUAUAAAACAUGCCUUAAUUCUACGUUUUGAAGGAUUUGUUAUAGAAAUGUUUGAGGUAUAACUGAGUCGGUGUUAAACAAUGCGGCAGUUGCUGAAACAUUUCUUCCAAAUCCUUCAAAACUUAGAAUUUACCUAUGCAAAAUUCCUACUGUGCUCACAGAAACUUUGAUAGUGUAAUACCAGUCUUGAGCUGGAGUUACACGGGCAACAAAAUUGCUGCAACUUGAAACCAAAUCUGAUUUCAACGCAUGUUAAGUAGAAAUGUCGACACAUGUUGCCUUGUGAUUUGUAAUUUAUGUGUAAACAUUUUCAAUUAACAUGCGUAGAAAUCAGAUUUUGUUGCAAGUUGCAGCAAUUUUGUUGCUCGUGUAACUUCGCCUUUAAUAGUGCCUUUACUUUAGAAAGUUUUUGUGAAAUACUGGAUCGGACACCGGUACUUUUUGGUCACUAUAUAAUAUAUUAUGGGUUUUCAUUGCGCAUCACGAUAUAGUUAUUUUAUUCAGAUAUACUGGGGAAAGAGGACAAGUGUUUAAAUACAGACGAAUUAAGGUCGUAUAUUAGUUUUAUAUUUUUAGAUAAUAAAAUGUUUGUGUUAUUUAAAGAAAAUACCGCAACAGCGUGUGGAGAGCUGUUGGCGGUGAGAAAAAAUGUGAGAAAAAAUGUGAGAAAAUAGUUUGUUGUGUUCUUGUAAAAUUCAUCGAUAAUUCAUGAAAUAAAUUCAGAUUGUUGUAUCACAUAUACACAGCCACUCACAGGCUGAAAUGGUCGAA